AUGAACAAACUCUACAUUGGCAACCUGAGCCCCGCUGUCACCGCCGACGACCUCCGGCAGCUCUUCGGGGACAGGAAACUGCCCCUGAGCGGCCCCGUGCUGCUCAAGGCCGGCUACGCCUUCGUGGACUACCCGGACCAGAACUGGGCCAUCCGCGCCAUCGAGACCCUGUCCGUAAAGGGGGUGUUAGAAGGCCGUAUGAUGGAGUUGGACCACACAGCUAAGAAGCGUCUGAGGAGCAGAAAGCUCCAGAUUCGGAACAUCCCCCCUCACCUGCAGUGGGAGGUUUUGGAUGGACUCUUGGCUCAGUACGGGACUGUGGAGAACGUGGAACAAGUCAACACAGACACGGAGGCUGCCGUUGUCAACGUCACGUACGCCACCAGAGACGAGGCCCGAGGAGCCAUUGAGAAGCUCAGUGGACAUCAGUUUGAGAACUACUCGUUCAGGAUCUCCUACAUCCCAGACGAAGACGGUCAUGCCCCUCAGAGGUUCCGCCGGGGGGCCUACUCUUCCAGGGAACGUGGCCAUUCCCCGGGGGGCUCUGGCCCAUCCAAGCAGCUGGACUUCCCCCUGCGGAUCCUUGUCCCCACCCAGUUUGUUGGCGCCAUCAUAGGAAAGGAGGGCUUGACCAUUAAGAACCUGACAAAGCAGACCCAGUCCAAGGUGGACAUCCACAGGAAGGAAAACGCUGGAGCGUCGGAGAAGCCAGUGACCAUCCACGCCAGCCCCGAGGGCUCCAGCGAGGCUUGCCGGAUGAUUCUCGAAAUCAUGCAGAAAGAAGCCGACGAGACCAAGUCAGCGGAGGAAGUUCCUCUGAAGAUCCUCGCCCACAACAGUUUGGUCGGAAGACUGAUUGGCAAAGAAGGACGAAACCUGAAGAAAAUUGAGCAGGACACGGGCACCAAGAUCACCAUCUCUCCCCUGCAGGAUUUGACCAUUUACAACCCAGAGAGAACCAUCACAGUCAAAGGCACCAUCGAAGCCUGCUCUUCUGCUGAGGUGGAAAUCAUGAGGAAGCUCCGAGAGGCCUACGAGAACGACAUGGUGACCGUGAACCAACAAGGCAACCUGAUUCCGGGAUUGAACCUCAGCGCCCUUGGCAUCUUUUCAACAGGUCUGUCCAUGCUCCCUUCCGCAGCUGGGCCCCGGGGAGCCGCCGCCGCUGCCUCCUACCACCCAUUUGCUAGUCACUCCGCCUACCUCUCGGGCCUGUACGGAGCCCCCCAGAUCGGCGUAUUCCCACAUCAGCACCCUGUGCCUGAACAGGAGGUGGUGUACCUCUUCAUCCCCACACAGGCUGUUGGAGCCAUCAUUGGAAAGAAGGGCCACCACAUCAAGCAACUGGCCAGAUUUGCUGGGGCCUCCAUCAAGAUCGCUCCUGCCGAAGGUCCGGAUGUCGGGGAGAGGAUGGUCAUCAUCACCGGACCCCCCGAAGCCCAGUUCAAGGCCCAGGGACGGAUCUUUGGGAAACUGAAGGAAGAGAAUUUCUUUAACCCCAAAGAAGAAGUCAAGCUGAAGGCUCACAUCCGGGUGCCCUCCUCGGCAGCCGGCCGAGUGAUUGGUAAAGGCGGCAAAACAGUGAAUGAAUUGCAAAACUUAACGAGCGCCGAAGUCAUCGUGCCCCGCGAUCAGACGCCCGACGAGAACGAGGAAGUCAUCGUCAAGAUCAUCGGCCACUUCUUUGCCAGUCAGACGGCCCAGCGCAAGAUCAGGGAGAUCGUGCAGCAGGUGAAGCAGCAGGAGCAGAAGCACCCUCAGGGAGCCGGACCCUCGCCGCCGCCCUCACAGCCGCAGCCGCCGCCGCCGCGCACCAAGUAAGAGGCUGCCUCGGGCGCGGGCCGGCAAAGCCUCACCAGACCCAUGUCGCCUUUCCAUGCCGGACAGAACAAGACCAAACCCACAAAGACCUAUCGGGGAGCAAACCAAAGACCGUCCCGAGAGCCGAGGAGGCUGCCUGAGGCUGGGACUCUGCAGAAACCUUGACCGAGCCGCCCUGGCUAGGUGGCCCCGGGGACGGGUGGGAUCCCCCCAAAGCCGGACCAGGUGUGCCUGAGCAGGCCCCCCCCCCAGACACACGCAGGCACACAGGCACACACAUACGGGGCUUCUGCAGGCUCCCCGACAACACCCACCACCCUAUCCCUUAAGUUGGACUAACAUAGGCGAACAAACGUCUGAGACGAAGCUAAAACUCACCUGGGCUGAGUGGGGGGACACACAAAGUUUGGUUCUGUACAUAGGUUUGUGUAGGAGGGCUCAAGAGGGUCCACCACAGGUUCCGCCACGUGAGCUGCGGGUACCAGGCAUCCCAGGCAUGCCUACAGCGUUAAUAUAUUGUAGAAAUCAUAUCUAUCAAUAACUCAACUAACUCCAAUCUAAAAGCAGAUGAUUAAUUUUUAUUUCCUUUGGAAGAGAAAGCAGGCUUUUCUAGAGUUUCGGGCCACCCAGUGGAAGGGCUAAAGGGGUAGAAGCAGCUUUAGAAAUGCCAGCACAGACGUGGAGGAAGGGCAAGGGGGCAGGAAGGUACCAGCAGCACCUGCAGCGGGCUCACCUGUGUGUGCCCACAGGAGGGAUGCGGUCUUGAAGAGGAAUCUCUGUCUGUCUCCCUUCAUCUGUAUACAGCUCACAUAACCUUUCCUUUAUUUGCUUCACAGGUUCUAAACUGGUUUUGCAUAUAGCUGUAGAAUUAUAAUUGUGUCUUCUCCUCCCUGCCUCUCAGCCCCAGCUUUUCUGGCCCUCCUCCCUCCCCUCUGCCUUGGGUCUCUCUUCAUUCUCUCCUUCUCUCUCCACAUCCUCAGGCAAAGCAGUGCUCAAAGCAACACAAAAUCAAACAGCCACAACUUCCUUUUAGGUGACUGAAUAGGAAAGGAAACAGUCUCAAUGGUACUUGUCCCAGCAUUUUCAAAAAGGAAAGCCAGCACACACACACCUAUACACCCCAAUUCCCCUAAGAAGAACAAAUUCUACCUUUUUACCAGGUUUAUUUGACACAGCCAUCCAUGUGAGGGGAAGUAAUUUUCUUUCUUACAAGCAAAUCAAAAACAAGUGGGGAAAAAACAAAAAAAGAAAAUUACUGGAGGUUGUUGCCCCAAGGGCAUAGAAAUUGCAAAUUGAAAAAAAAAAACAACACAUACACAUAAAAUUUUAAAGAAAAAAACAACACACACACAAAAAAAAACUACCUCAGGUGUUUUUGUACCUCAGCACCUUGAUCUCUUGUUUCCCUUUUAGAUUUUGUAUGCCUUGUAAAACU